UACAACUCGGUUACGUGACCGUGACUAAAGAGACCGCGACACUCAAAGGAAUUCUCUCUCGAUUCGUUCGAUCUUUGUUUUGACUUGAUUCACGAUCAUCGGCUCAGUCGAUGAUCGAACGUGGUGGCGCGAGCAUCGCGAUUGAAAAGUGAAUUUAUCUCUGUUCUAAGACUUAGUGAAAACUUUUCAAUUUUAUUAUCAAAUUUCUCGUAGAAUUUAUUUUCUUAAAUUCGAAAUUUAGAAAAGAAGAUUAAUAAUAAUAUAAUAUUAAUUAUGAAAUUAAUGGAAUAAUUAUAAGGAAAAUUGUGAUAAUCUUGAAACAUUUUGGAAUAUUGCCAAAGAAUUAUAUUUAUAUCUUAUAAAGGAAUUUAAAUUGUUAUUUCUUUUUAUUCAUUUUUCAAGUUCAUUUUUUGGAAGAGAAGAAUUUUAAUCGAUAAUUGAAAAAUAGAAGAAACAAUUUUUAAAAUUAAUCAAAAAAAAAAUUAAUUUUAAUUUCGAAAAUAAUCACAAAAAGAAAGAUAAUAAUACAAUUACGAGGUAAGAAGCGUGAAAAUCUCGGUGGAACGAUUCAAAACCGGAUAUAAUCGCACUGUUAACAACUUUGGUGGUGAAAGUUCUGGCGAGUGACACCGAAAAGAGAUCAUAUCCGCGACAAAACGAGCGACAAGGACAGGGGUGAAGGAAGUGACUUACCCUAUUUCACAAUCUGGAGAUGAGACAAUUUUAUUUCUCGGUCAUCUUAUUCCUUUUGGCAAUUGCUGAUUCACAAGCACAAGAAAAACUGAAGAACAUCUACUCAUGGAAAGCGUUGGAAUUUGCCUUUCCAAACGAAUUUGCCAAAUUAGCUGCCAUUAAAAGUGGAUCUUAUAUUCCUGGCGUUUCGCUCCCCAUCGAUGUUGAUGUCUAUAACACAGAACGACAAUCGACGGUGUUUGUGGCCAUUCCAAGGAUUCAAGAUGGCGUGCCCUUAACUUUAGGUUAUGUCACCAAAGAAGUAUCAGUGGAUGGGAAUCCAUUGAUAGCCCCGUAUCCAAGUUGGAGUUACAAUGACGUGAAAUAUUGUGAUGGAUUGACCAGCGUGUAUAGAAUGCAGGUAGACAAAUGUGGAAGAUUAUGGGUUCUUGACACAGGAAUAUUAGGAGAAAAACAAACGUGUCGGCCAAAGAUUCAUGUUUUUUCUUUACAUGACAAUAAAUUAAUCACCAUGUACAGAUUCCCCCAGAAUCAGUUCAAAGACAGCUCUCUAUUCGUCACUAUAGCUGUAGAUGUUCGAGAUACAGAAGACAAAUGUAAAGACACGUUUGCUUAUAUUGCUGACGUGACAGGAUUCGCAUUACUCGUCUAUGAUUUCCGAAAUUCAAGAUCGUGGAAGAUCACCAAUAAUCUAUUCUAUCCGUAUCCACCGUAUGGCACGUUUAACAUCAAAGGUGACACGUUCGAUUUGAUGGAUGGAAUCCUUGGUCUCGCCUUGGGGCCUAUUCGUAACAAUGACAGGAUACUUUAUUUUCAUUCGUUGGCCAGUAGAAUCGAAUCAUGGGUUCAUACUUCUGUGAUCAGAAAUUACACUCUUUUCAAUGAGAAUUCCGAGGCCGCGGCAAGAUCAUUCGUAGCAUUCUCGAUCGAAAGAUCUUCACAGUCUGUCGCCGAGGUUAUGGAUCGUAAUGGAGUGCUUUUCUUCGGAUUGUUAUCUGAUCUAGCGAUUGGAUGCUGGAACAGCGAGCAUUUUUUCGAAUACGGAGGAAAUAAUAUCGAGAUAAUCGUAAAAGAUCCAGAGACAUUGCAGUUUCCGUCUGGCAUGAAGAUCAUAUCAUCCAAAAAAGGUAUACAAGAAUUGUGGGUUUUCACAAUAUCAUUUCAAAAGUAUAUGACUGGUACUUUGAAUUCGAAUGAAACCAACUUCAGAAUCCAGGCUGGACUUGUGGAUGAAUUGGUUCGUGGCACCAAAUGUGACGUAUCUCUCUUAGGUCGCUUUAUACCAUCUCAAUGAAAAUCAUUGCGCCACGAGCAAUUCUCCAAUCACCAUUAUUAUAGUUCCUGGCCGUCGUGGCGGUACUCGAUCUUCAAGAGUACACCAUUUUUUAUAAACGAUUACUUCGAAUCGUAUUAUUCUCGAAACUAUUUUAGGAAUCAUCAUUAUCAUUAUCAUAGUUAUUUGCAAAAUCCUUUUAAUAUUAAAACCGCAAAUACGUAUUCUUCGUGGAUCAGUAACGAAAGAUUUUAAGAUUAUUUGGAAAAAUUCAAAUUAAAGUGAAAGAUGAAUAAAAUUGUGAUUGUCAUAUCAGUUAGAAAAGAAGUAAUUAUUUUAAAACAAAAUAUCGAUUGAGAAAUGAAUUUUUAUUGCUCGUGGUGCUGUAGACAUUUUUAUAUUUUUACAAAGAUUAAAUAUUUUUUACAAAUUUAUUUCAAAAUGGCGGAAUGAAAUAAAAAAAUGACCAUGAGGAUUGUAUUAUUGACUUAUUUAUCAUAUUAUUUAUUUACUGAUAUUUAUUAAAUUACUUUAUUUAUUUGAUUAUAAAAUAUUUUAUUUUUAGUUUUUUUACUUUUACUAAUUAUUAUUAUUAUUAAAAUUUGAAAUAGAAUUUUGAUAAAAUAAAAAUAAUCUAAACAAGUGUCGAAUAAAUUCAAUAAUUAAGAAUUAAGAAGAAUUAAUGAAAUUUGAUAAAGACAUUGUUAUAAAAAUAAAAAAAAACAUACAUAGAAUAAAAAAUAUUUUGAUCAGAAAUAAAAAGAAGAGAUAGAAGUUUAUUAUAUAAAAUGCAAAUAAAAUAAAAAUAAAAAAUAAAAUAUAAAACAAAAUAAUGUAUAAUUCAUGAAAUUUUAGGACAAGAAUAAGUUUUUUAGAAAAUAAUUUGGUAAAAUAUGUUGAAAACAUUUUUUAAUCUGAUGAGAUAAUAUUGUUAAAAUAAAAAGAAAAAAACGUGUCAAGUAUGCAAUCCCGUUUAUCAUAUUUUAAACAUUUUUAUUAAAUUUAAAAUUUAUUUUUACAAUAAUGUUAAAAUAAAUAUAAGAAGAAGAAAAAUAUUUUUUCAAAUUAUUUAAUUUAAUAGUACUUAUUAUAUAAGAUAUAAAUGGAAAUAAAAAAAAACAAUCUUUUUUUAAACACUUUUUAUAACAUUUAUUUGUACAACUUGACAUAUAUAAAUAAACCUUAUAUAAAAUUAUAUAAA